AGAGGAUUUGAAGGAGUGGAACUCAACAAUCAAGCCUCUGAGCCUGCCUAAGAAGCCUUAUCAAGAAUAAUGGCUAGAGAAGGCAAGACUUCUAAGUGGGGUUGGCUAAGCAAGCUCUUUGCAUGGAGAAGUAAUAAAAAUGGAGGGAGGGUUGUAGCAGAGAAAUAUAUGGAGCAGGCUUGGAAUGCUCCACAUUACAAGAAGUCUGCAAAUGGUCUUGGCAAGAACAGUGUGCUCAAGGUGGCAGCCAUAUGUGGCUCUCUCUCCACCACUGCAAACAAUCUCGGACUUAUUAAUGCUGCCACUGAAAUUGCUAAGGAGUCAAUCUCAGGCAUGGAGAUUGAAUUGUUGGACUUGAGUGGAAUUCCUCUUCUCAACCCAGAUCUUAUUACAGAUGAUGUGUACCCAGAUGCAGUGGUGACCUUUAGGAAGAAACUCCAAGAAGCAGACUGUGUCCUGUUUGCCACGCCAGAAUAUGUCUAUUCAGUGUCAGGUGUGCUGAAGAAUGCAUUGGAUUGGGCAAGUCUGUCACCCAAUGUAAUGGGAGGGAAACCUGCUGCAGUAAUGACUGCUGCUGGGGACCUUGGUGGUGCAAGAGCCCAAUAUCACCUUAGACAAAUGGGGGUCUAUCUUGAUUUACAAUUUGUCAACAAACCAGAAGUGUUUGUAAAGGCUUAUUCCUCCCCAAAGAAGUUUGAUGAGAAUGGAAAUCUUAUUGAUACAGAUGUGAAGGCCAGUGUGAAGGAGCUUCUCUUGGGUCUGCAGUCACUGGCCACUAAGCUUCUGAGCUCCAGAGCAUGUGGACCAAGAGAGAGUUUUAGUAUGGUAGUAUAAUAAGUAUUGGCCAAGAUAGAUAAAUAUUAUGGAAAAUCUACUGUGUGGUGUUAGAAAUAAGUCUGGUUCAGUCCCAGUACAAUGUUUCUGGUUUGUUCUGUGUUUGUGAUCCCUCCAUGUAGAAUAUAAUUAUAUAGCUUGGUUUUCUUA